AUUCUGCUUUAUUUCCCUGGAGGGACUCAGAGUGGGUUACAGUAUACAGAUUCAGUACCUUUUACACAGUGAACAACAACAACAUACAAUACACAGACAAAAGGAAAAGCCUUCCCCUUUCAUCUCUGGCAUCUGAAGGCGAUGCUCAACUCCUGUCAUGGGAAGGUGCUGUUGUCCGUAGAUAUCUCCAAUCAUGUUUUGCCAUUAUAUCUGCAUGGCAAAACCUUCCUGCAGAGGCGGUACCUAUUUAUUUAUUUAUUUACAUCACUUUUACCCCCCCUUUCUCUCUGAGGAGACUCAAAGCGGCUUACAGUAAAUAGGCAAAAAUUCAAUGCCUAAAAACAAUGUAAAAACAACAAUUCAUUGAUUUACUUGUACUGCAUGCUUUCGAACUGCUAGGUUGGCAGAAGCUAGGGCUAACAGUGGGAGCUCACCCCAACUUGCGGCUUUGAACUGCCAACCCUCCGGUCAACAGAUUUCCUCAGCUCAGCGAUUUAACCCACUGCACUAUCGCAGCCCCUUUAACUAUCCAUGGCAGUUAAAGUGGGGUCAAAUUGCAUCAUUUCUGAAGUGUAGAUACAUCCUAAGUUUCAUUAUCUUUUCCAGAUGGGAAGCUUUUCUCAACCUCCAAGGCUGAGAAAAGGUUGCUUUUCAGCAGCUGAUAAAUUAUUGAACAGCAAUAACAAUGACGAAGAGGAUGAUGAUGACGACGAUGAAGAGGAGGAGGAUGAAGGCCCCGAGGAGCUGCGCCCAGGUACAUCUCAAAGCACCCCCAGGCGGGUGAAGGCCUUGCCUCGCCGGGUCACUCCUCAGCCACAGAAGAUCGUCCCGGUGCUGAAAAAGGACAAGGCCACCCAGCGUGGCCAUGCUCUAAAGAAAAGCCUGGAGAGCCGCUGCUCGGAUUGUACGAGGGUCCUGCACACCACCAGCCGGGGCCGCCAGCGGAGCGAGGCCAAUGCCGCCCGGGAGAAACCUUUCCAGUGCACGGAUUGUGGGAAGAGCUUCAUUUGGAGCUCGCACCUAGAGCGGCACCGGCGGAUGCACACUGGAGAGAAGCCCUUCAAAUGCCUCAACUGCGGCGAGGCCUAUAGCCAAAACUUCCAUCUCCUCCAGCAUCGCUGCUCCCAGCUGAUUGAGAAGCCCUUCAAGUGCGCUGAGUGUGGAAAGCGCUUCGCUCAGAGCACCGCCUUGGAGAACCACCAGAAGGGCCACACAGCCAUCAAGCGCCACAAGUGCACCGAUUGUGGCAAGUGUUUCAUUUGGGCUUCCCACCUGGAGAGGCACCGGAGAGUCCAUACCGGCGAGCGGCCCUUCAAGUGCCCUGAGUGCGGCGAGACCUACAGCCAAAGUGCCCACCUGGCCAAACAUCGGCGGAACCACAUGGGCGAGCGGCCUUACAAUUGCCCGGCCUGCUGGCGAAGCUUUGCUCUGAUCUCGGAGCUGGAGGAGCACAAGAAAACACACCUGGGCUGCGAGGACUGUGGGAAGGUCUUCCGGAGCCGGCAGACGCUGAUGCGGCACCAGCGGGGCCACCGCCGGGAGCGCACCCACCUCUGCGAGGAGUGUGGUAAAGGGUUUGUGUGGGCCUCCCACUUGGAGCGCCAUCGCCGGGUCCAUACUGGAGAGCGCCCUUUCCCCUGCCCCACCUGUGGGGAGAAGUUUGCCCAGAAGGUCCACCUCCUCCAGCACAACAAGACCCACUCACACACGCGGCCCUACAAAUGCGGGGACUGCGACAAGCGCUUUGGGGACAGCUCGGCGUUCCUGGCCCACCAGCGGGGCCACGCCAUGGAGAAGAACCACAAGUGCCAGUACUGUGGCAAGAGCUUUGCCUGGAGCUCCCACCUGGAGAGGCACCUGAGGAUCCACACGGGAGAGAAGCCCUACAAAUGCCCCGACUGCCCCGAGCACUUUAGCCAGACUUCCCAGCUCUUCAAGCAUCAGCGCAGCCACCUGGGCAAGAGGCCCUACAAGUGCAACGAGUGCGGCCGCAGCUUUGGCACCACCCUGGAAGUCAUCAUCCACCAGCGGACCCAUUUUGGGACCAAGCCCUACCGCUGUUCCAACUGCGGCAAAGGCUUCACCCGCCGGGCCAAUCUCCUCAAGCAUCAGAGGAGCCAUGGGAAAGAGUGCACUUAAAGAACUUUGGCGCUAGGUCCAAAAGCAGGUGCAUGGAGAGCACCUGGAUCCCCCUUGACCAGACAGUCUAGAACCCCUCCCUUCAAGAAAAACCCCUUCUUCUGUAUGGUCUGAUUAUGGGGAGACUCCUGUGUUUGGUCCCGCUCUUGCGGCAACACCAGAUUAACUUGCAAGCGGUCGAGGGAUAUUUCAGAAACAAAAAUACGCAGUUAACCAAUGCGGAGCUCAUUGAAAAUGCCUUGAUGGAGAGGUGCGGCUGACAUCAGCCUUUUUUUUCUUUCUUUUUAUUUCCUGUUUUUCCUUUCUGGGGGAUAGAAGACCUUUUGAGUUUUUUUUUUUUUUAAAAAGCAACCAUGUCCCUUGGGGAACUGACCCUGGUAUAGAAUCCGCAUGGAUGUCUGAGUAGCAAUUUGUUUGACACUGUACAUAGAACUAUACCCCAGUUUGGGAGAAACGAAAGAAGCUUUAGUGGAUGUUCAUCCCUAUAUUGCAGAUCAAAAAUCUUGCCUGAGAUAGACCAACUCCCUUCUCAUUCCCCCUUUAUAAUUUUGAACUCUGGAUAUCAAAAGCUUUAACAAGCGCCACGGAUUGACCUCCAGACAUUAAAUGCCUGACAGGUGGACUGUGAGACUUGUGAAUCCACAUGGAGGUAGAAAAAUGAAACUUCAGUCAGUCCCUUGAAUGUGGAGAAAAAGCUUUAUGGACUGAUUCAGUGAGGCUAGCCAGUAAUGCUUAAGAGAGCAUUGUGUGAUACGUUUGUACCCGAAUACCCAGAGAUUGUCUUCAUGUAAAAUGAAAGCAUUAGCUAGAUGAACGGCAUUAGCUAGAUAAAUUGUGGGGCUUCCUAUUAUUGUUUUAUGAAUAAUGAAGCCCUAGUUGAUUUUUGACCAAUAGUGGAAUUCCAGCUGCUCUUUUUUCCUGCGUACAAUGGGAGUUACAAGGAAAAUACUUCCAAUGACAGAAAUGUCCUGAAGAUUUUUUUUUUUGUACCAUGGACUAAAAAAGAUUUGAUGGAGAUUUUUUAUUGCCUUUCACUUUGCAAACUGGGAGAAGAAUGAUGGAGGUUAGAUGCCACUAAUUGUGAGGGCUUGUUUCGGGUGCUCUUAAAUCUUAAAAGAAAUCUUAGUGUUUUGGUCACGAGGAUGAAAAGAUGUAUGACUGGGUUUGGGAAAGCAAAGGAUAGCUGGAGAAGGGAAGAAGAUGCCAAAGGACAAAUGCCACAUAUGGGGGAACGAACCCCAUAAAAGGCUAAAGGGGAAUUCAGCUUGGGUAAAUGGGGAAAUGUUCCUGAAUUUGAAUUCAGAACUACGAUCGAACUCAGUUCGGGGAGCUGUGUGAAUUUCCUCCCCUCUUUCAGAUUUUUAAAUAAUUAGAUUGCAUUUCUGGUAGUCCAGACAAAUUGGCCUUUUCUUACCCUGGAAUAAGGCUUGUGUUUUGUAAAAAAAAAGGAAAAGGGUGGAGGGAAGGACGUAGGGAAAAAAGUCACAUAUUUGAUGGUCUGGGGGUAAAUCAACACUCAAAAUGAAGGUAUUGCUUGGGUUUCAUCUGUAAUGAAAAAUAAAUUUGGAAAUGCAACAAAAAGAGAGCAAUAUGUUGUCCCCUUGGGAUGGGAAAAAAGAAACCGCCAUGCUGUGAUGCAGGGCUAACCCCAGGAUGCAGUAAACAACUCAGUUGAGCUUGUGGGUGAAUACAGAAAUCUGUGGGGGAGAAGCGAAAGAGGCUUUGCUGAAAAUCCAGGACAGCCAACAGUGGGAUUUUUGCGAAGGUGAGUGAAUUAGGUAUUGAGACUGAGAACUGUAGAUCACUCCGUCAGCUUUUGGGGAGAAUAACUGGAUUUAUGUGUGUGUGUGUGUGGAGUGAGGGAAAGAUAGUCCUAGAAAUUCGUCCUUAUGUUCAGUUGGGCUGUAAUAGAUAUCCAGGCCCCUGAAACCAUGGGUCCUAGUGGAAGUCCACUAAUGAGUAGUGGACUUCCACAAUCUAAUGAGUAGUUUAUUUUUGUGGGGAUGUCAACUUCCAGACCCUUCAGCCUUUAGGGCCAUAAGGUCCAUGUGAUCUAAAAGAAAAAAGGAACUUGACCCAGCUGUGUGAGACUUUGAAGAGGAGUGGCAUUUCCCCUUACUGUUUGUCGAGGGAAGUCGUUUCACCUGAUGGCCGUGCCUCCCUCAAAUAUUGCUUUCCAUCACCUACCUCAGAGGAAAGGCUGCAAAAAAUGCAGAGAUGCAUGCCAAGGAAUUCCAGGCAAUGGCAAAGAGACACAUUGGCAUUGGUGAUCCUGCAAAAUAUACUGUGCCAGUCUGGCACGAUACUGUUAAGCUCCCCAGGCCCUCUGGACACUGAAAGGAAAUGGAUCAUUGUGGAGGCUGUCUUGAAUUAGGUCCCUUGUUUCUGUUACUGUAUGCUGACCUCUUUUUUCUUAUGUUGGCCUAUACCUCCCAGCCAGCUCCUUUUUGCUAUUCUGCCCCUUAUUUACUUUAAAUCUUUUUUUGAGGGGGGUAUUCUUUAUUUGCCACAAUGUGCUCCCAUUAAUUUCCCUCCUUACCCAAUUUUCUUUCCUCUUUUUGUUUUCAUCCAAAGCAUGCAAGCAUCUUUUUUGUUGUCAUUGUUUAGUACUCUCUCCUCCCCUUCUCAAAACUGACAUAUAGAGGAAUAAAAAAAAAGUCUAAGCUCUGAUUUCUUUGUUGUUGGUUAGGAGUAAUAAAGUUUUAAAAAAUUAGCCAAUAAAAUUACGGUUUUGUCUGG